AUGAAUGUGUAUGUGGACCACCAUAAUAAACCAAUCUUCGAAUGGAUUGAGGAAGAGGAAAAUGAAGAUCAAGACUAUAGAUCUGAAGAGGAUGAAGACUCAGUCUUAUCUGACACUUAUUCUGUUGACCAUGAAGAAGAUGAUGUUGAAUAUCCAUUCCCAUCUAACAAAACCAUAGGUGACAGGAGAUUAUGGUCAUAUGGUCAUGAAAUUCUGCGGACAAACCCUAGGUCUACUGUGAGGAUAGAUGUAGACAUCAUUCCAGAUUCCACAACUUUGUUUUCUAAGUACUAUGUCUGCUUUAAAGUUGUAAGUGAUGGUUGGAAGGAAGGGCGCAGGCCUAUGAUUGGCCUUGAUAGUUGCUUUUUAAAGGUUUGGGUUGAGAACAAGGCGACAUGGAUGUGGUUCAUAGAUCUCCUCAUGGAUGACAUUGAUGGUGGUCUUGGUGCAGGCAUUACCCUUCUUUUUAAUGGACAUAAGGGGUUGGUAGAAGCAGUAAAAGAAAUGUGUCUAGAAGCUGAACAUAGACAAUAUGCAAGGGACAUUGUGGCUCAUUUUGCUAAAAGGCAUGCUAGAAGGAAACCAAUCAUCACUAUGCUAGAGGAAAUUAGGAUAUUUGUGAUGGAGAAGAUAUACAGUCAAAGAGUAGAAGGAAUUGAAUGGGAUUUGACUAUCUGUCCAAGUAUUAGGAAGCUUAUACAAGAUUUAAAGGUUAAACAGAGAUUGUGGGGGGUUACUCCUUGUGGUUAUCAAAAGUAUGAAGUUAGGUUCAAUGAUGCAGCAUAUGGAGUGGAUCUAAUUGCAAAGACUUGUAGAUGUAGAAUAUGGCAACUUAUAGGAAUAUCAUGCUUACAUAGAGUAGCUGCAAUCUCUUCCCUGAAUCAAUAUGUAGAAACAUAUGUGUCCCAAUCAUACAGUAAAUAG